AUGCUCGCUGUGCACCGCCCUUGCAAUCUGACGCCGCAGCAGACACGCACGCUCUACCGCCUCUGGGCGCGCUUCUUCCGCCUCUGCCAGACGCCCGCCAGCACGGCCUCGGCAUCCGCGUCUGUGCACUCGGCGACGCUGCCCAACGGCAGCGGCGCCUCGCCACUGCGCACGACACGCUCGCGUGGCGGCGGCGGCAUGGCCGAGGCCAGCGGUGGUGCCGACGAGGAGGGUAGCAGUGACACCGCGGCGCGCAGCGAGCCCAACGGCGCCAACCUGGGGCGCCACAUUCCGCGCGACGACGGCGUCAAGGACGAGCUCAAGACGCUCGAGGAGGCCAAGGAGAUGCGCGUCUUUCUCGCGCGCUACGGCGGCGAGCGCCUGCGCAGUGUGUUCUGGGAGAUGACCAAGGGCGAACAUCCCGACGCGCUGAUGCUGCGCUUCCUGCGGGCGCGCCGCUGGGACGUGGACCGGGCGAUUGCCGUCAUUGGCUCGACGGCGAACUUCCGAGUAGAGAACGAGGUGGCUGAGGUGCUGCGCGGAGGCGAGCUCAACCUGACACGCACGCGCGGCGGACUGAACCUGUUUGCCAACGGCGUCUCGUAUGCGUACGGCGCAUCGCGCGACGGCGAGCCGGUGUACCUCAUCGAGGUCGGCAGCCACUUUUCCCACAACCAGACGCAGGCUGAGCUCAAACGGGCCGUCAUUCUGCACCAGGAGUGGCUGUCGCUCCUCAUGCCGCCGCCGGUGGAGCAGAAGAUCGUCAUCUUCAACUUGCGCAACUUUGGCCUGCGGAAUAUGGACUGGUGGACCGUCUUCUUCAUGGUCAAGACGAUGGAGUCGUACUACGUCGAGUCGCUGGCACGUGUGUACGUGCACUGUCCGCCGUGGAUCUUCAAGCCCAUCUGGAUCAUCUUGCGGCCGCUGCUCGACCCCGUCGUGCGCGACAAGAUCCGCCUCACGAGCACCCUCGAGGAGCUGGAGGAGCUCAUCCCGGCACACCACCUGCCGCGCGACUCGAUGGGCGGCAGCGCCGACUGGGGCUACAGCUACCCGCCGCCGGAGGAGCACGAGAACGACGCGCAGCUCGACACCGCCCGGCGAGCCGAGCUGCAGGCCGCCCACGACGCGGCCGCCGCAGAGUUCGAGCGGCUGACUCGGCAAGUCGCACGCGCCUACUCCUCGCGGCGCGCUGCCGUGCCGCGGCGGAGCAGCGAUGCCGAUCCCACGUCGGCGGCGACGACCGACUCUGAGUUUGAUGAGGACGACGAGGACGACGAUGCGCACGCGGACAUUGCCGCCGACGUCAAGGCGCUGCGUGACGUCGCAGCGACGCGCCUCCGCGUUGCCUGGCUGCGGCUCAUGCCGUACAUCAUCGGCCGCACCGUGUACAACCGCUGGAACGUGGCGCGCGAUGACGGCAGCGUGAUGUGGACGUACGAUGCCAUCGACGGCACGCACGAGGAGCAGCGCCUCGGCGAGGGCACGACGCUGCCGGUGCUCGAGGAGAAUCUGGCACAGCUCGACGCUGCGCUGGGCAACGUCGAGCCGCGCGCGAAUGGCUCGACGAAUGGCGCCUCAGCCAGCGCGCCGCACGCUCGCCAGCGCAGCCACCAGCGCAUGCGGACCGCGGGCAGCCGCUCAUUCGUGCUUGACGAGGCGCUCGGCAUGAUGGGCGACGGCGCGAAGAAGAAAGAUGGCGCGCUGGCUACACCCGGCGAGUGA